AUGCGAAAUCUCAAUCGCGUAGCCCAUGAAAGGAGCGUUAAGAGCGAUAAAACACUAAAACCCGUAAAGAAUUCCAUACUCUUUUACUUGAAGUGGCCUUUGUUAUUACUUAAAUGUUUUGGUCUAUUACCGUUCCAUACCACACUUAGUACCUAUGAGAUUGGUGCGCCAAACCAACGUUCGGUAUACAUAAACAGAGCCAUACUUUUAGCUAAAACUGCGUUGAACAUUUGGCACAUUAACGCCAUUCUGUCAACCACAAUACUGCAGCUACUCUUUAUAAGAAGCAAGACGGAAGGCAUUAGCAACAUCUUGGACGUGGCCUUUUGUAUGCUCAGUGAUAUCACAAUAACGUGGACAUGUGCCAGUAGUACCACGGAAAUCCUGUUGAUAAUCAAUAGCUUCUUGAAAGUGGACAAACUGCUGAGACAAUAUCCAGAUUCGCCGGCUGAAAGACGCUGUGCCACCAAUCAUUUCAAUAGAUAUUUGUUCGUUAUAUUUGGUUAUAUAUCUCUUGUCAUGAUUGCAUACGUUAAACACACUUUGGAUUAUUUCUCAAUCGAAUUUUGCGUGUACAUAACCUUCUAUCAGCUGGAGAACGCGAUCUCGUGCGGCUUUAUUGUAUUCAUUGCAGCGCUAAUGCAUCUUCUUACGGAACGCUUUCAAUACAUAAAUCGGCUGAUAGCGCAAUAUAAUAAUACAAAUUUGCAACGGCAAGUAUAUCCAUAUGCGAGCACGGGGUCGAUUGUAAGCUUCCAUAGAAAUACAAUCACUCACGAUGAAGCCAAUUUGAGAAUGUUUGCGCAGAAUUCAGCUAUGAUUUAUAGUUUGCACAUCGAUUUGCUGGACAUAUACAAAAUGGUCAAUAACUACGCCGGUCUGGGUCUCUUGAUUUUUUUAUUGUACGCCUGCUAUGGCUUAUUGUCUUGCGCCUACGGUUGCAUCAUUUGCGAAUGGGCAACGAGUGACGAUUAUUAUUAUGCUAUCUGGACAUUUUCUUGGAUACCCCUCUAUGCCGGAAUUCUAAUACUUUUAGCAACUAACUGCGCGAAGGCAACAAAUCAGGUUAGUAGCGACACAUGA